CAGGAAAGGUCGCACCUUUGUUCCUUCUGUUUCUCCCCUCCUUCCCCCCCCCCCACUCUGGAGGCUCCCGAAAUAAGGGUGGCGAUCAUGGGACGAUGCCUCCCAAGAGACACGAGCGGAUGUAGGCUGGGUGGGGGGGAGGAGGGUUGAUUCCUUUGUACUCUUAGUUUUUUCCUAACACUACAAGCGUUGUGCGUCGGGACGGGAAGAAGCGGCACAGCCUAAGGCAAGGGUGGGGAUGAUGGGAGUGAUAGUCCAAACACAGUUGAAAGCGCCGGGCUGAGAAAAGCUGCAAACGCUCUACGUGUUUCAAUUAGGGGAACCUCGUUGAACUUGAGUGGGCUUCAUUCCAAAAGAAAACAUCGACUGUGGAAUGGACACGUGAACACAGUCGCUCAGACAGGAAUGGUUGACACGUAUGGUAGACUUCGCGGGGGAGGGGAAUGGAAUACUCAACGCUGAUCCUGACACGCAUACACACACACACACACAGCCACCGAGGACAAAUCUGCUAUUCAAGCAAAGUUGCUCCCACUUUCCUGAGCCGAGGCGACCCACAGACAGGUUUUUAUCCCACCUCCGAGUGAAAGUUAUGCGGCCAGAUCUUCAGGCCUGGCUUUUCCCCACAGCCCUGGCGAGAGGUCUGGCAGCUCAGACGAGCCGUCAACCUCGCCGGUGGGUUUUGUUUGCGGAGCACCUGCUGGAAGAGGCUCGCAGCUGGACCCCUCCCCGCCUUUGUCGAUUGGCUGCCAAGUGACACGGAGGGGGGGGCGGGUCGGCCUCGCCCACCUGCCGCUCGGCCCAUAUUAGCUCGUGGCUGAGCCGCUCCACUUGCUUGCAUCGCAGCGGCCUGGCGAGUGGCGGAGGGAGGAUCCGGGUUUAUUUGGGAAAGAAGAAGAAGAGGCGAGCGGCCGCGACUGCAGUUCUCUUCCCGCAGUAGCCUGGAUUGGAGCCGCGUCGCCAGAAAGAUGCCGCGUUCCUUCCUCGUCAAGAAACACUUUUCGGCCAGCAAGAAGCCCAAUUACAGCGAAUUGGAAAGCCAGACGGUGAUCGUCUCUCCGUUUUUGUAUGACAAGUACCCCUUGUCUGUCAUCCCUCAACCAGAUCUCCUGGGUGCUGGCUCUUACUACCCUCCUCUAGCCUGGGACACUGGGCUGUUCUCUAACUUCUUCACCUCGGAAUCGGAGUACCAGAAAAGUGCAGCUUCUCCACCCAGCCCUGAUUCCAAACCCCUGGACCUGACCUCCUUGUCAAGUGAAGAGGAGGAUGGCAAGACCAGCUCUGACCCGCCCAGCCCAGCCUCCUCUGCCACGGAAGCCGAGAAAUUCCACUGCAGCCAGUGCAGCAAGUCCUACUCAACUUUUGCUGGCCUUUCCAAGCACAGACAGUUGCAUUGUGAUUCCCAGACCAGGAAAUCUUUCAGCUGUAAAUAUUGUGAAAAGGAAUAUGUGAGCUUGGGGGCUCUCAAGAUGCACAUCCGAAGCCAUACCUUGCCCUGCGUGUGCAAAAUCUGUGGCAAAGCAUUCUCAAGGCCAUGGCUCCUGCAGGGCCACAUCAGAACGCACACUGGGGAAAAGCCAUUUUCGUGCACGCACUGUAGCCGGGCCUUUGCUGAUCGCUCCAAUCUCCGUGCUCAUCUGCAGACUCAUUCAGAUGUUAAGAAGUAUCAGUGUAAAACCUGCUCCCGGACUUUCUCUCGCAUGUCACUUCUCCACAAACAUGAAGAAACAGGCUGUAUUGGAACCCGUUGAAUACCAUGGACUCCUCUGUGCAAAGCCAUGUAUUGUAACUAGUGUCCCUAGGAAAAUAGUUCUGCUGAGCUGCCACAAACAGCUUAUAUUGAAAUCUGGUUGUUUCCAGCUGCUUUCAGGCCUUAAAGCAUCAUACACAUUGCUUCUUUCACUCUUUGUCUUCCAGAGAAUUUUUCAAACCUGAUUUGCUUUUGUAUUCCAUUCCCUGGCCCUAAAGGUGGCAAAAUGCUCCUUGAUUCAAGCCCAUGCAAGACCAUUGCUUCUUCAGAAAUGAUGGGUUGCCAAACAACAUGGGAUGUUUUUUUUAAAAAAAUGAGCUUCUAAAAGCUGGUGCUCUCCAGAUGCGUCAGACAAAUGUCCCCAGAAUUUUUAGAAAUGGAAUUUUUGUCAGGGAAUUCAGUAUGCUAGAGCCCACACUCUGCAGGGUGGUACCAAUACAGGAACAGCGUCUCCAAAAACUGACAUGUGGCUAAAAACAUCUUGUUGAGCUGCUUUUCAACUGGGGUCAGAUACAUCCUUCUGGAACUUGUAGGCAGAUUAGAGGGAUAAUGAUUACCUCUUUCUCCUGCCCCCCCUCUCCCCCAGUGCAUCUAAUACUCAGAGUUUACUGCACCAAUAAUGGAAAUCCAUACCGGCUUUCAUAUCUAACAGCCAUAGAGUCCUCCCUUCAGAAUUUUUCCCAACCUCUUCAAAGUCAUCUAAAUAGCAUUCACUACCGUUUUACAAAUGGGAAAAAUAUUUUGCCUACUUUGCCUAAGAGACCAGUCUUUCAUUUUUAUCCUUAAAAAGAAGAUGACCAGAAUAAAAGAUCCACAGUAGCUCACGACCCUGAAUUGAUAUGCCUCUAAACAAAGGGCAAAAAAGCUUAAGUGUUAACGCCUCUUUCUGCCCCCCCCCACCUCAAAUUCUCCUCCGGUGCUCCUCAUAUUGUGUCUGGACCCUCCUUAGGGCAGCUAUGCAGGGAUACAGUAUUUCAUUAGUUCUGGGUCAGCAGAGGGAUAAUUCUGCAAUGCUUCAAAGACUUAUGUCUGCAGAAGGCACUGGGUAGCCAUUCAAAGCAAGGCUCCUGUUUACAAGAGCAGCUAUGCACUCAAGCACCUGUUAAUAUGACUUCUUUUAACAACUGCUUUUUUCAAAAGAACUGUGACUAAUAGCAGGCACUUGUCAGGCGAUUCAAUAGCCGCUUGGGCAGGGAAGGCUGCCCCAUUGACAGGUGUGUGCCAAAAGAGCUACUUAAGGUUAUUGACAGGUGCCUCCUGAAUGCAUUUCUUUUGUACAUUGUUUCCACAUCAACAACAACAAAAGAUGAAAAACAAAAGGGUAUGUUUACAUUUCAAAGGUACACUGGUAUUUAUAUAUUUUUGUGCCACAAUUUUAUACUGAAUUUAAGAAAAAAUACUUUUUAUAUAUAAUUAUAUACAAUUUAUUGAUAUUCAAUAAAAAGGG